AUUCACGCGCGCAUCCAAAACUGAUACUCCGACCCACUAAAAGCAGCAACCAUUAAUUUUCCCCACUCCUUUUUAUUAAUUCCUUGGAUUAAAUCAAGCAGCAAAUUCUUGCCGUAGAAAUUAGAAUUCCCAGCAGAAAUAGCUGCACCAUCGCGUUCGUGUAAUUCUUCCAUUUUUCCUGAGGAUAAUUCUUUUCCUUCUCCGCAUCGAUCGGACCAAGAACACAGGUAGAAAGAAACAAGAACUGAAUUAGCGAGUGGUAAAUUGCUGGCCCCGCCUGGUGGAUUGCUCCAGUUCGAUGGCAGGAUUGGCCCUUGAAUCGUGACUCAAUUCCUGGCGAAUUUCUCGUGGAUUCCGCGGAGAAAGGCGUGACCUUUGUGAUGCAGUACAACCACCGCAGCCGCCUGCCUCCGCCGCCGCCGUUCGGCCGCGGCCGCGGCGGACCGGGGUACCCCCGCGGCCACAAGCAGCUGUACUACGCUCCGCCUCCUCCUCCGCCGUUUCCACCGGCGCCGCCCCCGCCGGAGCGCAAGUACGAGGUGCUUAUGGAGGCCGGUCGCCUGGCGGCCGAGUAUCUGGUAUCCCAGGGCGCUCUCCCGCCGGCCGCCCUGCAGCGCGGCGCCGGCAGCUCCGGCGCGUGGGGCGCUCAUCCUCUUCCUCUGCCACCGCCGCAGCAAUUGCAGGAACCCCACGGGUUUUACGGCCGGAGGAGGUACGAGGAUGAGUACAGCAAUAACCCUGGCGCUCGGCCGAGGCGGGCCAAUAGCACUAGUAGUAGCACUAGCAGCAGAGAUGAUUACAACAGUGGCAGCUACAAUGGGAGAGGGAAGAGGAAGUAUGGGGAGUACAGGAGGGGGUAUGAUUCAGGGAGGGACAGGGAGAAGGAGAGGGGAAGGUCGUCUUCAAAUGGCCGGCGCAACGAAGAGGAUGAGGAUGAAGAUGGGGCACCUGGAUUUCGGAGGGAGCGACGAGGCAGUCGGUGGAGUGAUGAGGUGAGGAGCAGUGUUACAGAGGUAGUGAGAGAGGAAGCACCAUUGACGGCGAAGGCUGUAGCAGGGUUAGACAUGGAGAAUACCAGGUCAAAGAUUGUGAGAUCUGUUGAUGAUGUUAGGAAGGAUGCUGAUGCUGCGCCUGAGGUGACGGAGGAGACUGAGGAGGGUGAGAUGGAGGACGACAGUGAGGCUCUGAAUUCAGAAUCAGAUGUGGUCAAUCAAGAGAGAGACACUGAUGUUAGUAAUGCCUCUGCUGGUGUUGUUAUGGAGUCGGAGCCUAAGCAGUUACCGGAUGGUAAGAUUCAAGAUGAAGUUCCUGAUGAGGAAGCUGAAGAUGAUAAACGAGUUUUGGAUGAGGCUGCUUUGGAUAACAACACUUCUGAUGGUGAGGUGACAUAUGUGGAAAAUGAUAUGCAUGAUGGUAAGAAGAAUUUGAUUGACUAUUGUAACUUCACAAGAGCCCCAACAAGGCCAAGGUCAGUGCGCGGACACAGAAAUGCAGCAUCUGUCCCAGGAGAAGCUGCAGUAGCUGAAACAGUUAAUCUACUUUCUUCUGGACAAGCUUCAGAGAUGGUAAUUGGUGAAUCUGCAAAUGAGAGCUCUUUGACUAACAUUGAGUCAGAAAAUAGAGAAGAUCAAGUCUGUCAACAAAACACUAACUCUGGUGCUCCCUGUGCCGAACCAAUAGAGCCUAUGCUUCUUCAAGAAAAUGAAACAUCCAUGUCGAUUGAAAAUAUGGCGGAAGAGAAGGUUGAUGCACAACCACAUGUGGUUCAGGAAUAUAAGGAAGAAACUAAUCUAUCUCCAGUGGCAGAUGCUCACAAGGAGAACUUGAUGCAGGAAACCAGCUUAUCUCCAUUUACAGCUUCUCACAAGGAUAGCUUGGUGCAAGAGGAUGGCUUGAUGCAAGAAACUGAUUUAUCUCCCUUGACAGCUAAUCACAGGGAUAGCUUGAUUGAAGAAACCACAUUGCCCCCACUGGCAGCUUCUCAUAAGGAGGACAGCUUGACUCAGGAAACUGAGUUGUCUCGGACAAUAUCUUCUCAUGAGAAUAACUUGAAGUUACAAUUUAAGGAAGGAACACAAAACUGUGAUAUUGAUAUGCUGCCACAAGAUGUGGACUUGAUCGAGUUGUCUGAUGAAAGGAAAGUUGUUGGUCAUGAUGUUGGGGCUGAAGCUGUAAUCAAAAUGGAAGAAGGGAAGCUGGAUCAAUCUUUCUCCCUAAAUCUAUCUGAUCUUGACCUGGUUGGUGGUACAGAGGUUGCUGCUAUACACGAUAAUCCAGCGUUGGUCCAGCUGUCUGAAGCUGGAUCUUCUGCAGAACUACAUAAUAAACAGCAAGAAGAUCCUGAAACUUUUACAGGUGAAAAUAUCAGUGCUACAGAUGAUUUAUGCAAGCUUCCGUUAGAGAAUAAGGAUGUUCAAGUAAUUGAUAUAGAAUGUGGCACACCAGUUGAAGUUGGUGGAUUUGAUUCGUCAAAGUCAAAGAACGAGAUGGUAUGCUCUAGCAUGGACAGCAUGAUGGACCCUGGCAUACACACGGAUGUUCUUCCUGGUAUUCAAGAUGGCUACAGUCUUGCAUUUUCCGAUUUCCUUGGUGCGGAUAUAUCAUGCUACCCAUCAAUGCAAUCAGAUCUUCAUGCUGGAAUAGGUGUCAAUGACUCAGAGGGUAUUGCUGUCAUGGAUGAUCCAAUAUAUGGGUCUCUCACUGAUAUUGGUUUCAUGGAUGUGUGGGGGCAGCCAACUCAGGACUAUGACAAGUUCUUCUAGGCUGCUGCCGAAGGCCGGAAAGUUCAGAAACUUGACAGGAAAAUUAGUUGAGGUAGCUUUAGUACAGGCGAGAAUAAGUAGAUCGCGGGUUAUCUCAAGAGAAAUGGUGUAUUCUUCCUUCCCUAACUGUAGAGAUAGAGAGGCUCUUGUGUCGAUACCGUUUCGACGGAGUUACUGAUCCAAAAGAUUGGUCAUGCGCGUUCAGGUUGAAUGGAUCAUCUGGCUGCUGCUUUUUCUUUUCUAUUUUUUGAUAGAAGAAUAUACUCCUAUAC